UAGUGGGAUGAUAAUGUACAGAGUAUCAAUAACAAUAAUAAUUAUGUCCACAAAUCUAUAAUACGACAUGGUAUACCAGUUAUUUUUAACGCCUUGAAUUCAAUGCUAAUCUAUUCUGUGAUACUAUUAUGUGUCUGUGUAUGCUUCAUAAUGAUGUCCGCAAUUCGUGAACGGAACACGGUUGUGCGUUUGUCAAGAAUAUAUUAUUAUUGAUGUUAUUACACAACGAAGUCCGAACGCUAUCGUGCGGAAAAUGGAUAAAAAUCGCAUUAAUAUUUUAUUAUUAUAUCGAUAAAAUACAAUAUUAAAAUAAUACAACGACGCCCAGCGUUAUUCACAUCGAACAUAAUAUUAUUAUUGUUAUUAUUAUCAGCAUUUUACGACGACGGCGGACGUUCGAUAGUAUAAAUAACAUGGUGCGGACUGGCCGCUUUGUUAUUUUAUCUCUCUCGUAUCCUCAGCACCGGCGGCGUAGAUUGAAACGGCAGGACGAGAGUUGUACGUCGUACAGAAAAAUAUAAUAAUAAACACAAUCGACAGAAUUCGAAAUAAUGAUAAUAAUUAUGUACGUAUGGAAAAGAAAUUAACGUGGUAGGGACACCAACCAGUGUCGACACUAUACUUAAAGAUAAUAAUAUUAUAUAGUGUUGGUCCGAAGUGCGAACACACUAACGCAGACAAGCGACGUCUUGACCGUUGUUCGGCUUUUUGUUUGCGUUGUGCUGCAUUUAUUUACAUCAAGACGAGCUGUACGAGUGGCUGUAGAGUGCUGGCGACCGACCGUCGAGUGUUGUUGACUAUAUAGUUGACAGUUGACUGCUGUGGUGACUUACUGACUUGUAUCCCGUCCGUCUAAGCACGUCAAUUUAUUGUCGUACCCAUCGGCUAUUCGUGUACCUGACACCUGUGUACAGCGUGAUUGCACGGUAUUAGGUUUAUUUUAUUGCGGCAAGACGUCUGUAUUGACUACGUUAUUUUUCGCUGUUAUCCUGAUCCUCGCCUGCAAUUAUCUGAUGGUUGAUCUACUAUUUUAUAUACCAAUAAACUCGUUAAUAUAAUAAUAUCAGUAACUAUUAAUUACUGAUAAAUUAUUAUUUAAACUUGAAGAAUUUCUGCCUUCCAUCAAUUAUAUUUUAUUUUUAUAACAUAUAAGUAUCUCAUACAUUUCAAUAUGGAUUCUUUAAUCAUGGUAAUGAAUAAGUUACAAGACGUUUUUUCUGCAAUUGGUACAAAACAAAAAGUGGACCUACCACAAAUUGUUGUAGUAGGUUCACAAAGCUCUGGCAAGAGUAGUGUCUUAGAAAGCUUGGUGGGUAAAUCAUUUUUACCAAGAGGUACUGGUAUAGUGACACGAGCUCCUUUAGUCCUGCAUCUAAUAAAUCCAACAGAAAAUGAAAUUAGGGAUAGUAAUUUGCGUAAAUCAAAAGAUUGGGCUACAUUUCUGCAUAAACCAGAUGUCAUUUUUACUGAUUUUAGUAAAGUCAGAGAGGAAAUUGAAAAUCGAACCGAAGAACUUACAGGCGGCCAAAAAAAUAUUACUCAUACACCUAUUGUAUUGAAAAUAUUUUGUGAACGAUUAUUUAAUUUAAGUUUUGUUGAUCUUCCGGGACUUACUAAAGUGCCUGUUGGUGGCCAGCCAAAAGAUAUUGAACAACAAAUAAAGGAUUUGGUGUUAAAUUUUAUAAAAAAUCCAAAUUCAAUAAUAUUGGCAGUAGUAACAGCAAAUACUGAUCCAGCAACUAGCGAGAGCUUACAUAUCGCCAAAUCAGUAGAUCCAAAUGGUGACCGUACUCUAGCUGUUGUAACUAAAAUCGACAUAAUGGAUGCUGGAACUGACGCUACAGAGUUACUUUCUGGAGAAGUUAUUCCAGUUAAACUUGGAAUAAUUGGUAUUAUCAACCGCUCACAAAAAGAUAUAAACAAUGAAAAAACUAUGGAAGAUUCUCAUAAGGACGAAAGUCUAUUUUUCAAUAAAGUUUAUCCUGAUAUAGCUCAUAACCAUGGAUCGGUUGUGUUAGGUAAAAAACUUGAGAUUCUAUUAAUUGAAAAAAUAAAAGAAACCUGUCCUAAACUAAAAACUCAACUAUAUGAAAUGAAUACUGAGUAUGGAAGUAAAGUCAAGAAAUUGAAAGAAUUUACCAACAACUAUGAUCGAUCUUUGCUUGAUUUGAUCACGAUGACUACAACUAGUUAUAGAGCUAGUUUGGAUGGCCAAGCUAAUACAAAUUUUAAAGGUCUUAAUGGAGGUGCUACCAUUGCUAAAUAUUUCAAAGUCAAUUUUAAUAAAGAGAUUAAUGACAUUGAUCCAAUGGAAGGUUUAUCUCCUGAGUAUAUUUUUACUGUUAUCAAUAAUGCAUCUGGAACAAACAUGGGUGUUUUUAUGCCAACUGGUGCAUUUAAUCAUUUGGUAAAGAAACAAAUAAAAUUAUUGGAAUUUCCAUCAAGAGCUUGUGUCAUAGCUGUGUAUGAUGAGUUAAUGUCAAACAUAAAUAAACUUGAUGAUGACACUAUUUCUCAGUUAAAGAAAUAUCCUAAAUUUUAUGAUAAAGUGAACGAAAUAUUAGUAGAUUCUUUAUCUAAAUAUAAAACAAAAACUUUGGAAGCAGUUACUAAAUUAAUUGAAUAUCAGAGAGGAUACGUAAAUACUGAACACAUUGAUUUUAUUGAAGCUGUGAUGAAAUCUGAUGAAUAUCAGGAGCUUUUUGUAAAACAAGAAAAAUAUAAUAAACUAGGAAAAUUCGAGGAACAAGAAUUUACAGAUUUUCCAAAUCUCUAUCGUAUAGAAGAAAAUUCACCCUCACAUAAUAAAGAAAAUAAACCAUGGGUAAAGAACUUAUCAAUAAAAAUGCGUAAGACUGUUGAAAAAUUAACAACAUGUGCUUUUAUCGGUUUUGGUGAUUCAGAGGAAUUAAUAUUAGAAAGUAGAGCAGGUUUACUCACUUUAUUUAUGAAAUGUUACUUUUUGGUGAUAAAAAAAAUAAUUCUAGACACUGUACCUAAGACAAUUAUGUAUGAAAUGGUAAACAAAAUAAAAGAGAACUUUCAGAAUGAUUUAAUUUCUAAAAUAUACAAAUCAAAAGAUCAAAAUACGGCAGAACUAUUACUUGAAUCUAAAGAUAUUGUAGAUGAACGGAUAAAAGCAUUCAAUCGUUUUGAAGCAUCCGAGAAAGCCAUCAGAUUGAUGAAGGAUAUUGAACAAAUUUGUCUCAAUUCUGAGGAAUGAAUCGUUAGACCUAAUAUAUACAUAUGUAUUUAUAUAUAUAUAUUUUUUUUAUUACUAUAAUUCUAUACAAGUACAUAAUCACAUACAUAAUGUGUUUAUAAAUGACUAAUAAACUAAACUUGUAAUAUACACCCAGUUGAUAAAUUUGUAAUUGAAUGUGUGUUUUAAAUGUUUUGAAGGAUUUUAGGAAUUAAAUGUUUUAGUAUUGUACUGAUUAUUAUUUAUAAAUAAAAUGUUUAAAUAGGUACCAUGUUUAAACGUAAGUAUUAAGUUAUUAUAAAAUUACAAUUGCAUAAACAUUAUAAUUACUAUUAUAUGAUUCAUUUACUUGUUGAAUGAUAGCUAGUUAUAAUUAGUUUUUUUCAAUGAACAGUUAUAAAUGUAAUAGGUAUUAUGUUUGUAUUUUUAUAACAUAAAAUUUUUCAUGUUAAUUAUUAUUUCAACAUAAUAUUGAAGUUACUUUAUUCCAUAAUGUCAUUAUAAUUAAUAUUAAAAUAAUAGAUCGGCAUUUCAUAUGAAUUUAUAUUGGUUCUAAAAAGUUAUGUGCAAAAUUAUUUUUAAAGGUUUAAUGUUACUAUGUAAAUUAUAAAUUGUGUAAUAUUAAUGGUAUUUAUUACUUCAUAAUAUUAUGUUGAUUUAUAAACCAUUUUUAAUAAUCUAAGCUUGACAAUUUAAAACGUUUUGUUGUUUUAUGUUUUUAUUUUUUUUCUAGUAUAUAUUGGAUAUCAAUUAUUUUUAAAUAUAUUACACAGUAUUAGGAUAAUACAAUGUAUAGUAUUGUCUAAGAUUAAAGUGCAUAUUAUGCUUUAUGCUUAUAUUAUUAAAUAGUAAAUACAUAUUAAAAUAUAAGAUAUUUAAGUUUUGUUGUACAUUAUUUUAAUUUGUGACAUACUAUCUUUUUUUUUUUUGUAUUUUACAUUUUGUAUAUUUUUUAUUAGUGUUGUAAAUUUUAUUACAAAUACCUUUAUUCUAAUAAUUUGUUUUUACAUUUUUAAUAGCAUAUAUUAAUUAUCUCAAUUUUUAAUGUUCAAUAAACGGAGUUUAGAUUUA